AUGGAAACCCACGUCCAGCGUCUGCUGAACACGUGCAGGAGCAGACGGAAAGAUGCCCCGACUACAAACAGGCACGCGGGACUCAGCGGGCCCCAGCUCGGCCUAGUAGGGACACUGAUGCGGCCUGGAUCGGGCUUGGGAUGGGCUGUGCAGCUAGAAGAAUCUUGGCGCGGUGUACGUCAUCAACGCGCGCCGCGGGAAAAAUUCCGGGCAGGAGGCUGCCGCCGUGACCACGCCGUGACCACGCCCAAGGAUGAUUUGAAAACUUUGCAGAUCUCGUUUGAUCUGUUUGAGGUCAUUGAGCGCAAAGGACAUGUGGGCAUGGGUAGCGCCAAAUCUUCCACCCCGCUCCUACCUCUGUUCUCUCUGCUUUCCAGCUUUGUCUCAGUACAAAAACUGAGGAGCCACCAUCAUCCAUGCUGUAGCCACCUGUCCUGGAGCAGUAGUGCAUAUGAGACUUGGGCCCAGGAGGCUGGACCAAAUGGGAACCCUCUGCCUCAGGAGCAGUUGUUACUUUUAGGGACACUAACAGACCUAUCACAAGACUUGAAACAGGAAUGCAGGGAUGGAAACCUCUUUGUGAAAGAUAACACUGGAAUCCUGGGCUGUGAGCUCAUAGAUUUGGACCUUUCUUGGUUGGGCCAUCUCUUCUUGUUCCCCAGUUGGAGUUACCUCCCUCCUGCCAAGUGGAAUUCCUCAGGGGAAGGGCACUUGGAGAUCUGGGGUGCCCCUGUGCCAGUGUUUCCUUUGGCCACGAGUCCUGACCCUCUCACACCUAUUCCUGUCCUGUACCCAGAGAUUGCAUCCCAUGUGCUCAGUCACAGAAACAAACUCAGAGAGGUGCAGUCAAAUCUAGCUGGGAAGCUGGUCCGGUUGAGUCCUCUGGUAAGAAGUCAGCAGAAGACAUACUUUGUCCUGUCUCUUGGUGAAUCACCCCAAGCUGUUGGCCAGGCGGUCAGCCAGGUGCCCAUCAUUGUGCAGAUCCCUGCCCAGCUGGUGUGGCACCGAGCCCUUCGGCCUGGUGAGGACUAUGUGCUGACAGGACUUCGAGUAUACAGGAUCCACGGUCAACAUUACUGUGCUUGGACAACCACUCCCUCUUCGAAUCUGAUGCUGCUAAAUCCAGAAUGUGUGCAAAAGCUGGAGCUGGCAGGACCCUUCUUGGAAGCUGAAACCAAACCAUUCCCCAUGCCCAGCAACUCUCCAGACAGGAAGAAGCAAAAAGGUCUUUUCCGGAAUUCCACACUCUUACAUUACAAGGGAACAGUCACUGGCGUGUUGAAUGAGCCUGCUGGCCUCUAUGAGUUGGACGGGCAGCUGGAACUCUGCCUUGCAUACCAGCAGUUCCAUGGCCUCAGGCAGUUGAUGCGACCUGGGGUCUGUCUGGAGCUCCAGGAUGUUCACCUUUUCCAGUCAGUGGGUGGAGGGACAACAAGGCCAGUGCUAGCACCCUGCCUCCGUGGUGCCAUUCUGCUUCGGAGCUUUUCUUGUCAGAAACCUGGGACUCAGUCAUCCCAUCAAGUUCAUGGGGCCUCCUUGUAUGAACAGCUGAUAUGGAAACAUCAGUUAGGACUUCCUCUCUACCUGUGGGCUACCAGGGCCCUGGUGGAGCUGACCUGCAAGCUGUGUCCCCAUGUACUGAGACACCGUCAGUUCCUGCAGCAUUCUUCUGAGAAUCCCAGCUUGGGACUGCAACUCCUGGCUCCUGCCCUGGAUGUUCUAGUUCCACCAAGCAGCACCUUUCGGAACGCACACAAUGAGGUCCUUGAAGAACCGCAUCAUUGUCCCCUCCAGAAAUAUGCUCGGCUGCAGACUCCCUUCUCUUUCCCCACUCUGGCCAUGCUGGCAGAGGAAGGGCAGCAUAAGGCUUGGGCCUCCUUUGACCCAAAAGCCCUUCUGCCCCACCCAGAGGCUGCCUACCUAACCAGCUGCCAGCUCAAUAAGCGCCUGGCCUGGUCUUGGUUCUGUCUGCGACCCUCUACUUUCCAACCAGUCCAGGUUUUACUUGGAGUUCUGGUAGCUUCAUCUCGUAAAGGUUGUCUGCAACUUAGGGACCAGAGUGGCUCCCUGUCCUGCCUGCUCCUGGCCAAGGACUCUCAGCCUGUCACUGACCCUCGGCUCAUAGGCUGCCUGGUGCGGGCUGAGAGAUUCCAGUUGGUCAUAGAGAGGAAUGUCAAAAGCAACUUUCCUUCCUGGAAGGAGCUGGGCAUGGGAGACUUCAUCCAGAAGCGACAAGCCAGAGUCUAUGUCCAGUUCUUUCUUGCUGACUCCUUGAUCCUGCCUGUGCCCAGAUCUGCACUUCAUUCACCCACUCCCUCAGCACCUCCUCAGACAGAGCCCACCUGCCCAGAGGGACCCCAUGUAGGACAGAGCCGGCUAUUCUUGCUGUCCCACAAGGAGACCCUCAUGAAGCUGAGUUUUUGUGCCUCUUCAAGAGCCAGCGCUGAGGUGCUCAAGCCCACCUUCAGUUUCCAGGUGUCAGGGAUCUGGCUUGGGGGCA